AUGAAAUCCCCCACCCUCACCUCCAUCAUCAUCCUCCUUGCCCAAACUGCCACCGUCCACUACCCUGUAAUCACCUCCCUCCGAUCCUUUACCGAACUUUACUGUGACGAACAACACUGGUCAACGGGGUACACCCUCUCUCGCUCGCAGGCCACGGGGACUUGUAUAGGAUUGUACGAGAGCCGGAGUCUAAGCGUGGGAUUUUUGGAUGCUAGAUGUCAUGGUAGGCGAGAUAGGUAUGGGAAGCGGAUAGGCUUAGUCAAGAACAGGGAUGCAAAGAUCCGGGAGUGGUGA